AUGGAUCAGCAACAAGAAUACAACUCCUACAAGCACCUGUUGGAGUCCAAGAACUUCACGGCGUUUCUUGGAUACCCUUACAACUUCACGGGGGCAGAGGACAUACUUCAGGACUUCGAGCACAGCUACUACACUCGUAUGACGUACAGGACAGUGAUUCUACUGUCACUGUAUGCUCCUAUCUUUCUCGUUGGACUCGUGGGGAAUAUACUGAUAAUCUGCACUGUAGCAAGUGACAAGAAUGUCAGGAAGGCCAAGAACUACUACUUGUUGAACCUAGCUGCCGCCGACCUCAUGGUGACACUAUUCUGUAUGCCGAUGGCCAUAACGACUAUUAUAUAUAGAUUGUGGAUAUACGGGGAAUUUCUCUGUAAAGCUAUAGUGUUUCUGCAAGGUAUUGCAGUGGCCAAUAGCAUCUUCACUUUGACUGCGAUGAGCAUCGAUCGCUACAUCUCGAUUCAGCAUCCUGUAACAGCACAUCGGGUCACCUCCCCGGGACAAGCACUUAUCAUUAUUUUGGUUAUUUGGAUCGUAUCUGCCAUUUUCAUGGGACCCCUGCUAUAUAUAAGAAAAAUUGACACGUUGGAAAUGCCGGAGUUAACCGUGAUGCAGUUUUGCAUCGAGGACUGGCCACAGGAUUACGAUCGCCAGGCAUUUGGUGUAUUUCUUCUUUUCAUGAUCUACAUAAUUCCGGGGGGUACUCUGGCCAUUUGUUAUGCGCACGUCGGAAGGACUCUUUGCAGCGAUGAUAUGUGCAGGGAAAGCUCCGACAGCAGUACAAAGAGACUGUUCUCCAGAAAGCGUGCUGCUCGUAUGCUUAUUAUACUUGUAGUGAUAUUCAUGAUCUGCUGGCUUCCAUACAACAUUACAUCACUCAGUGUUGACAUCGCAGAAGAAAGUGAACCGGUCCGAUUACUCCCCUUUGCUCUUUGGCUCGGGCAUGCGCACAGUGCAGUCAACCCGGUGAUGUAUUGGCUGCUGAACAGACGGUUCAGGGACAAGGUACGCAGUAUGAUGAAGUAUAUCAGGAGAAGCAACAUGUUUCUCAGUUCUCCUACACCAGAUUACGUGUGAAGAUAGAGGAAGUCGUCCCUCACAUACUGGGCUACAUGUGUAUGAAUGGCGAAGUGUUGGAACUUACAACUACCUGUUUCGCCAGUCUCGAAGGUUCAAGUCCGGUCUGUGUUGUAUAUAGAUAUCAGGAGAAGCGAUCAAAUCAAAAUUUAUUUAUCUAAUUUCUUUGCCUCUCCAGCCUCUGCGUGGCUUUUUAGUGUUAUUCAGACAGUUCUUCCCCGACAAAAUGAGUAAUCAUUGCUAAAUGAACAUUUGGGGUAUCCUAUCACUCCAAAAAUAUUUUAAUAAUGUAAUCGCACAACACAUAUUUGUUCAUCAUGUAUUUAACAUUCAACUGUGUAAAUUCGUGUGCAACUGUGCGAGGUUAAGGCUGUUGUAUUUCACGAAGUGUUCGGUACACGUUCCAUUUCUUGCAUGAAACGCCUUGUCAUCACUGGGUGAAGUGCCAACUUGCAUUAUGUGGCUUGAUCAUCACUGUAUAUAGUGCAAGUUUACAUUGUUUGGUUUGAUCAUCCCUGUAAGUAGAGCAAGCUUGCAUUAUUUGGUUUGAUCAUCACAGUGAGUGGUGCAAGCCUACAUUAAGCGCCUUGAUCAUCACUGUGAGUACUGCAAGCGUGCAGAAAGAGGCCUGAACAUCGCUGUAAGUAGCCUAUCUUGCAUUAUAAGCAGUGCCAGCUUGCAUGAAGCACCUUGACCAUCUCUGAAAGCUACCAUGCAUGUUAAGGAAGUUAUAUCACUGCAAACUGACCAGCAUUGCUGAAUAAAGUGGUGUCACCAUCGCUGUAAGUAGUUAAACAUUGAAUACAUAUGUUUAACCACUGCUGUAAAUAGUGCAACAUUACUUUAAACGAUCUGACCAUUAUUGUGUUCGGUUGUGUUAAGCGGUUUGAUCAUCACUUUAAAGAAUCGUACGUUGCAUACGGCAAUUGUGUCAUCACUGAAAAUUGGGUUACAUUGCACGGUUUGAGCAUUGCUGCAUGUGGCGCACAGCAAUUGGCCACCUUUCAAAGGCGACUAUAAUUUCUGAGUGACUGAGGGUAUCACUGAUAUGUUGUAAGCCCUUUGUUUUGUAGACUAACAUACCUGUGGUUUCGUUCGUACUAUGAAAUGUCGUAGAACACACGUAUCAUUUUGUACUUGAUUUUAUUGUAACGUGGAAUCCUAACCAUCCUGUCAGACAACUCUGUUUAGUUCAUGAACAUGCGUUAGUUUCUAUGUCCGUUUCCUUCCACUGUGUUGAUAUGAUAGUGUUGUUUUAGUGCUACGUACCGUAAUCAAACAGCGUGCCGUUGAUACGCAUUUAUCGGGAUCUGUGAACUGGCUGCCAUUUUCACGAAAACAUUAAACAGCACAGCUUUUGAACAACUGAAUGGAAUCCACGCGGUUAUAAAGCCCCAGUUUUGUUCCAUUCUAAAAUAUAUAACCCCACAUAUAUAUCAGUAUUAAAUACGAAAGGUAACCUGUGUGUCGGUGUACAUGUUCAUUACAAUGCAAGUGCAAGUGCAAAACAUUGAUCAUUAAAAAUAUCGGUUCACAGACACGAUAACUUCAUAUCUGAUACCUGUUGUAAGACCCUUUUUACAGGCAGCUUCUGUGUAUUUUGCUCACGUUUAGUGUUGGGCUAUUUGUAUAUAUCGUGUAUUGUAAUGUAUUGCAAGCAUUUAUAGAACCCACAGCAUCAACCUACAACCCAUAUCUUAAAUACACAUAGGAACGUUCAAAGCUCAGUUCUGAUACAAAUGCAUUCUCAUAUUGAUAGAUUCGUUGUUGGUAGAUGAAAAUGUGAUAUCUUCCCUCAGAUUAUUUCAUUUGUCUAAAGGUUUACCUUUUGGAAAAACUGCGCCAAUUCUGAGAUUGUUUACAUGCAAAUCAUACAAGGCUUUCUAUAUCUUGUUUCUAGUCAACUUUAUCCAGUAGCGCGACCGAUGUUCUCCUCUUGUACAUACAUCUGAUCAAGAAUCUCAUUCCGUCUCUUGUAGUUUUGCAUCUCCUGAUGGUGUAUGAUGUGAUACAAACCCGGUUAUUAGUGGACAUUGAGCCAGCUGAAGCUCUUAUAGACCCUAGGGUAUCUCAUAGUACCAGUCCUAGCGACACCAUUUGAACACACGCGACACUGUUUAACCAUUUCGCACUAAUUUCCUGUCGUACGAAAUAAGAUCUGCACAAUACAUAAAGCCUGAAGCAGACAUUAAGGCUACACAAAUGGGGUCGAGUGUUGGUUCAGAUGUACGUAUGACGAUAGUUAAGGCAAUAUGGUCUCAAUCAAAUGAAUAUCAACACGGAGGAGGAAAGGGUUUAUAAAUUGAAAUGUGUAGAUAUGAUAAAUGUUGCGAACAGUUAUUAAUAUCUUAAAGAGUACAUUAAAAAUGCAGUAUGAAGAGUAUACAUUAUUUUCAAAUCAGGAUAACCAUGGUGUCACAUUCAUUUCAGUUCCCUGUUCAAAUUGGUCCGUCCUCUUCUAAAUCUUCACAGUUCCAAUAUGGUAUUAGCCUGUCUUUAUGAUAUUACUGCCUUGUGAAAAUAUCAUGGACAGAUUGGUUUUAAAUGUAACGUUGCGAAAUUAUUGUUAAAACCAUGUUUAUUUACGUAAUUUGUUCUGGCUGAAAUUUUACUAUUUCUGUUAUAUAAAGUGCAGUGUGUGAAUUAGGUCAUCCGUUUAGUACACACUGCAAAGUAGGAAACGCGUAACUUAUACAAUCUGUAAACUACUGGCUAUUUAAAUCAUUUAGUAGGUGAAUAGAAUCUGUUUCCUUUUUCGUGAAAUAUCAUGGUUGUCCGAGCAACUCAAGAAAAUACCAAGUCAGGUCAGGGACGAUAGAAAUAUUAUUUGACAAGAAAUGAACCGGGAAAGGACGUUCGUGUCGCCCAGUAACCUACAAUAAUGUGUCAGUCAACCCGGGUUAUCACAUUGAAGCAUUGUAGGAUGACGUUGUCUUCACGGCUGAAACGUAGUCAUUCGUGAUGUACAUGUAUUCCCGUGUCAAUGUCCUGUUCGCAUGUACCACCAAUCACUGAAUAAAUCCAUUUAUCGGUUCAAAUGCCCACCACGUCGAGGGGACGUCGUAUAGUUUCCUACGAGAAGUGCCUUUCAUAGAGUCAAAAACGAGUACAGUUCUAUCAAAUAGAACCAUAACCAACUCCAUAAACCUCAAGUAUCGCUGUUGUAGCAGAUUAUGUCUUCGUGUGCAAUGCCUAGCUGUUGUGAUUUUCUAUGACGCUUGUGGACUAGUCCUUAAUAGAUCCUUUGAAAUAAUUUAUUUGAUUGAUAUACAAAACGGAAAUCAGAGUAUGUGCGAAACAGAAAAUAACUACGUAUAGUUCAUUAGCCAAGUUAGAUGCAUAAAGCUUCAUCGAUCUUUUUAUACUGGUUACAGUGUGAUUCAAUGUGCAACAUAAUCCCGGUUUUAUUAAUUAUAUAUCAUGUUAAUACAAAUAUUACAGGUCUUUCCACGGGCAAAGGUUAUAUGUCGGUGACCGA